UGCGCGGGCAGCGAGCGGCGGCGGCGGGGAUGGGCGGCGCGGUGCCGGUGCCGGUGCCGGGUCCGGUGCGGGCGCUGCUGCUGCCGGUGCUGGCGGCGGGGCUGUGCGCGGCGCAGUACGAGCAGUACAGCGUGCGCGGGUUCCCCGCGGCCGCGCUGGAGCCGCUGCAAGGCGCCUACGCGCGGGCGCUGGCUCAGUACGCGGACGCGCAGUGGGCGGAGAGCGCGCGGGGGCUGGAGGCGAGUCUGCGGCUGCACCGGCUGCUGCGGGACAGCGAGGCGCAUUGCCACCGCCGCUGCGCCGGAGAGCCCCCCGCGGGGUGGGGGGACCCCGCCGAGGAGCCUCGCGCGGAGCGGGACCCCGCGUGGGAGUGGGAGCGGGAGAUGAGGCUCUUCGGGCGGCUGCUGCUCCGCGCCGGCUGCCUGCGCGCCUGCAAGCGCGAGCUGCCCGUGUUCCAGCUGCGCUACCCCCCCGCGCAGACCCUGCGCGACUUCCAGCGCCGCCAGCCCUACCAGUACCUGCACUACGCGCUCUUCAAGUCAAAUAAGAUCGAGAAAGCAGUGUCUGCUGCCCACACCUUCCUGCAGAAGAACCCCAAGCAUGAGAUGACCUUGAGGUACCUGAACUACUACAAGACGAUGCUGGAUGUGGAUGAAUACCUGGUUGACCUGGAGGCUCAGCCCUACGAGCCGAUAUUCGUGCGCUCGGUGAAGCUGUACAACAACGGGGAUUUCCGGAGCAGCGCAGCCGACAUGGAGCAGGCGCUGGCCGAGUACUACAAGGCGUACGAGGACUGCCUGGCCGGCUGCGAGGGCGCCUACGAGCUGCAGGAGUUCAAGGACUUCUACCCUGCCAUCGCAGACCACUUCGUGAGCGUGCUGCAGUGCAAGGUGGACUGCGAGACCGAGCUCACCCCCAACGUGGGCGGCUACUUCGUGGAGAAGUUCGUGGCCACCAUGUACCACUACCUGCAGUUUGCCUACUACAAGUUGAACGACGUGCAGGACGCAGUGCGCAGCGUCUCCAGCUACAUGCUCUUCGACCCGGGCGACACCGUGAUGCAGCAGAACCUGGUCUACUACCGCUUCCACCGCGAGCGCUGGCGCCUGCAGGAGGAGGACUUCGAGCCACGGCCGGAAGCCGUGCGGUACCACAACCAGACGGCCGCCCAGAAGAAGAUGCUGGAAUUCGCUCGGCAGUUCCUGCAGGCCGAUGAUGAGAUGGAGGUGGAUGGUGGUGAGGGGCCGGAGGCUCUGGACCUGCCCUCCGACAGUGAGUUCGAGGGUGAAGGAGACUACGAGGAAGGCUUCUUUGCAGAGUGGUGGCAGGAGCCCAAGACCAAGGGGGACAAAGAUGACCAAGAGGUCCUGUGAUGAGCCAGGUGAAACGGCGCCUGGCCCUGACAGAGCUGGACAGUGGUGGCUCUGUGAUGCCAUCCCGGGGACAUUGGACUUCAGGCUCCUGUCAGUCACUGCAUGGACACUCAGGCUUGUGGAGGAGGGCUCAUCCUGCCCAGGGUCCUGCAGCAGGGCUGCCUUUUCCUGUCUGGAUGUCUGCUGCCCUGGCAGAGCCCAAUUCCUGUUGGUGGAGCACCCUUGAACCUCCCUGCCUGCCCACGAGCUCCCCCCAGGCCACCCCUGUCCCCAGUGUCCCCAGGAGCCCUGGCCAACAGCGGUGCCCCACAGCACGGGGAUUUGCUGUAUCCCUCAGCUCCUUCCCUGGAUCUGUGGAUGGUGCACAGGCAUUGACCUCUGUGUUGUCUUGAGGGGUUUGGGGACUGCCCCUUGCUCCAGGAGCAACGCACGAUGCUGCUGGAGCCAGUCCUGCCCCUCUCUGGGGCUCCUGCUCCUGUCCCUCCAGCCUCCCAGGCAAUUUUCCAGUCCCUUGAGCCCGGGUCCCCUUGGACCCCGGCCUGGUGCUACAGGGUGCCUGGUGUGGCACGUCCCUGUGGCACCAUGGGGGCUGUGGUGCCCGUGCCCUGCUGUACCUUGAAUUUUUGCCACACCAGCCCUCUGUAGCCUUAAGCUCUGUUAAUUUAAUAUUUCCCCACUUGCACAGUUGCUCUUUUUUAAAAUAUUUACUGGUGCUGAACUUUAAUAAAAUCCGUACCAGUCUUUCCACAA